AUGUCAAGUGACCAGCUUGAAGAAGAGCUCUCCUGGGCUCCGGGAACAAUUACCCUCGAAGAUGUUCACAGUACCAGAGUUAUCCUCUUCCCCACCCCCUCUGCUGAUCCUGAUGAUCCUCUCAAUUGGUCGAAGGCACGCAAAACCCUCAACUACACCAUCGCCAGCUUCUUUGUUCUAUUUACUUUCGUGGAACUGGACAUCGGCUUCACCGCAUGGAGCCAAAUGGAAACGGAGCUUGGCUUCACGGUGGACAAUCUCAAUGCCGGGGUGGCGGCCAAUUAUGGCGGCCUGGCUAUCGGGUGCUUUUUUCUCCUUCCUUUAGCACGUAAAUAUGGUCGUCGCCCUAUCUAUAUCCUCGCUUCGGUUCUGCAACUGGCCUCUUGCGUGUGGAAUGCCGAGGUCUAUUCUUUUGGGAACUAUAUCGGAGCGAAUCUGGUUUCCGGCUUGGGUGGUGCUAUCAGUGAGGUCAUUGUGCAAAUGACUGUGGCAGACCUUUUCUUCGUGCAUCAUCACGCUACGAUGAACGGUCUAUUCGUGCUCUUUGAAUCAAUCGGGGCAUUUCUGGGUCCUGUCGCGUCGGGAUAUGUUGUGCAGUCACAGGGUUGGCGGUGGACAUGGUGGUGGUGCGUGAUCUUCUUUGGCAUCAUCUUACUCUGCGUCAUCUUCCUCUUUGAAGAAUCCAAGUUCGUCCCCGUCUUGGAUGCCCAGGAUUUUGCCCCGGCUGUUCGAAUAACGGCUGGAGAAUAUCCUGAAGGCUCCCGACAUCCCAAGUCUACACUCCCGUCCGACAACAAGAAGACUGCUAUUGAGCCUGUGGGAGAUGACGCACCUUGCCCUGGAACCAAUCCAAAAACCUACCUACAGAGAAUGGCUCUCUACACAUCUUCUAGCGAGUCCAUAUGGUCGCAUGUAUGGCAGCCGAUUAUAACUCUGUUCACCUUCCCAGCUGUUUCAUAUACCGCAAUCACGUACGGUUCUACGUUGUGCUGGUUUGCUGUUAUGACAUCGCUUCAGGCAACAUAUAUGAUCCUGCCGCCGUACAACUUUAGUUCUAUUGGCAUUGGCCUGAUGAAUGUGGCGCCGUUUAUUGGCGGCCUACUAGGCUUCCCAUUUUCGGGCUAUUUGAGCGAUAAGUCUAUCCUUUGGCUCUCGAAGAAGAACGACGGUAUUUACGAGCCCGAGAUGCGUCUCUGGCUUCUGCUCCCUAUGAUCAUUCUGGGUCCAGGAUCGAUCCUGAUGUUUGGCCUUGGACUCGCUUAUGGCGCUCACUGGUCCGUCCUAGCCGUUGGUUACGGUAUAUUCGGAUUCGUCUUUUCGUGUGUUUGUGGUCUCUCGCUGUCGUACCUCAUGGACUGCUACCAGGACAUCAUCGGUGACACUUUAGUCGGUGUGGUUUUCGUACGAAACGUGAUUUCUGUUGUCGUCCUCUUCGCAUUGACUCCCUGGGUUGAGGGCAUGGGCCUGCAGGGUCUUCAUAUUCUGCUCGCCAUCUUGGCCUUUUUUAUCUACUCGCUACCGAUUCCUCUUCUGAUAUGGGGGAAGAAGGCGAGGGCUGCUACCGCAUCAACUUAUCGGAAGAUGGCGGCGAACCAAGUUGACAACCGAGCAGUAUAA